UUUGAAAUUUGAAAAUUAAACGAAACGAUCGCAUUAAUUUCUCUAUUUAUUUGUGAAUUUGUUGUGUCUAAAGUGAAAUAAAUUCUAUAAGUUACUUGUUUUCUCUCAUUAAGUAUGAAUCCGAAUAGAUAUAUACCCGGUCAGUCCAGUGUACUCCGAAAAUCGAGACUUGAGGGCAAAGUCUCGUUACUGCCCAAGCCGCGUCGUCCGGGCUCCACGGACCGCUUGUCCACGGAGGCGCGGAGGCCUAGUGCUGCGGGGCAUCGGUCCAGCAGUGCGGAGCCCGCUAGAGGGACAUUUGGAGUCGGCAGACUGAGUAGAGAGGCUUCUGCUACUAAGAUACCUUUGAAUGGAAGAUCUCGGUCCCAGCAAGGAGACAGGUUCGGCCAGUCUUCUAUGACACCUCUGAGGACCAGUAAUUAUGCUGGCAGACCAACCACUACGCCUGUUAGGACUCCAUCAGAGGAUCGGGCUAGUCGUAACUGGCAAACAUCUUUGGAUAGAGCACUGGCAUUUGUUACCAUCAAAGAUCAGAGGCCUAUCUCAGCUGUAGCUUGGCAGCGCUCGGAGUGCGGGCGCGUAGGCGAAGCCCUGGCUGCACGUGCGGGGGGCGCAGGCCCGGCCGCCGCCCUCAUACGCCCGCUCACCAUCGCCAGAUUUGUGGAAAUAACCUCGGCGUUGUUGUCAGGCAUCACUGGAGAUGCUAAGCUUAACACUGAUAAUUAUGUUACCAAGCUCCCUCACUUGUCGAAGCGUGCGUUAUACCCGGGCACUGUGUCCAAGUCCUGGCUGAAGACCGUCAACACUCUGCACGCGUUCCCGCAUGCACUGGCUCUUAUCGCGUAUCUGCUGGAUCUUGUCAACCAUAUUGAAAGGCCAAUUUUGGACGAUUGGAUUUACAUAAACAAAGAUGAAUUAUCCCGGCUGCGCAGAGACUAUGUGCGCAAGUGUUGGAUCAGAUUUCAGGACCCGGAACUGCCGUUUGAUGACUUAAAUGAGGAGUAUCUGCAGAAUUUAAAAGAGCUACUUGGUAAUGACGAAGAAAAGAUCGUUGAAUUGCAGCAGACCAUUAAAAAAUACGAAACAGUUCUGGAAGACGAAGUGGAGGCGGCAGCCCGGGCGGAUGAAGCCCGGCGCUCGGAGCGGCGUGAGACGCUGCUGUCGGCGCUGAAGGCGCAGCGCUCCGAGCGUAGAGCUGAUCGUGUUCGGUACGACGAGCUGUGUGUGCUCAGGAAGGAUUUGAACGAGAAUAUCAAACAUGUGGAGCAGGAGAUUGAGAGGGCUACCACAGAGAGCCAGCAACUGAAACAGGAGCUAGAGAGUCAGACGAUGAGCGUGGAGGAUCGCACCAAGCUGCUGGACGAAGUGGACUACGCGCUGCGGGUGCAGGACUCCAAGAGAUCUCUCGCUGAACAGAUCGGGAAGAUGCUGUUAAGCAAGGAGACAGAACUAGCACUGUGGCAGAAGAAGUCCCUGGACAGCUGCUUGGAAUACAAGCAGGGUUUGAUCCACCUGUCUGCGCAGUUCCCACAUCUCGCACACCUUGCUAUUGACGAGAAAGAUCUAAUGUCAGUGUCAUGUGCGGAGCGUGUGUCGGGCGGGCUGGCGGAGUUACGCAGCCUGGCCGCCACGCUGGCGCAGCGCCGCGCAGACCACGCGCGGGAGAGAACUGCGCUUGCUAGGAAACGAGCUGCACUACUGGAUGAAACCCGCGCAGCUCUACACGAGAUACGCAGCUCAGUGUCCCGCACACAAUCUGCUCUGGACAGCGAGCGCAGCGCAGAGGCGCAGGCAGCCGCCUCUGCGGCCGCAGAGCUGAGCCGUCUGCGUGCUGCAGCUGAUGAGCUGCGGCAACGUGCUGAGAUACACGCUGCGGCGGAGUCAGAGCGAGUGUUUUGGGAGGAACAGCAUCAAAAAUGGACCAAAAACUUGACGGCACUACAAGAGUACAUCGAGGUCCAGCGCGCUGAGUCUAAACGUCUGUUAGAGUCGGCGCGAGACAAGAGAGUCAAACUUAUUACGAAUAACCUGCAACAGUGGAACGAUAAAUUGAACCAAUAAUGU